AUGGAAUUCAUAUCUAUAGAUUAUUCUAGCAGUGACGGUAGUGAUACCGAAAGUGAAAGUGUCGACGAAGUUGAAGCCCAAGUUGAAAACGCAGAGAAAAGUAACAUAGAGGAAGCAGGCUGCACUGAUUUACCUGCAAUUCCAGAUUCAGUUAUAUCUAAGUAUCAUAUCACACCGAACCUACAAAAGUACGAAUUGCAAGAUAUGCAUAUAGGUCGAUUUUGGCGUUCAUUUACCUAUUUUGAGUGGCGUCCAACUCCAGCGAUUCGUCGACAACUUCAACAAAUUAUAUGUGAAUACAAGGAAACGUUCAUGAAACAGGAAUACACCAAUUUGAGCCAAUUGCCAGAUUUUGAUCCGCUAUUCAUCUCGCAUUUGGGAGCCCCCAAGCCCUUACACAUUUCCUUAACACGAUCGCUGCUAUUCGAAACUGAAGAGCAAAGACAGACUUUUAUCCAUGAAAUACAUAAUGGUUUACAAAACCAUAGAAUAUCUCCCUUUACACUCGAAAUUUGCCCAUAUCCAAAAUUGUAUAUAUCAGAACAGGCCAAUACGUUGUACCUCGGUCUCCCUGUCUCGGGGCGCUGCAAUAGAACACACCUUUCUCCUUUCCAAACCAUAAUAGGAGAAGCACUUCAGAAAUCAAGAAUUCCGGACUAUCAAGAGCUGAUUGUAAACCUGCACAGUUUACAUAUUUCAAUUGCCGUAGCUAGCAAGGCUUCACAAGUCACGCUCAAGCGUUAUCAGCAACUUAACGAGACCAUGGGAGCACUCAUGCUACUGAACAAUAAAUCCGCAUACCAGUUGGAGCUCUUCGUUAACUCUAUAAAUUGUGAUGAGAACCGCCACUCUAUUAAAAUUCCAUUUACUUAA